AUGAAAAAAGUGGGUCUAGCAGCUUUUGAUGAUAAUAAACUAAGGCAGUACUCAGAGCUAGGACAAUCUCUACUCCAAAAGAAAACAAACGAACUCACAACACAGCUUCAACUGUUCAAAUCAAUCCUUUUGAAUUUCCUCAAGGAACAUAAUGAAGAAUUAUCAAAAGACAUCACCUUAAGAAAUGAAUUCAUCAAAAUAUGUCAAAGUGUUGGGAUCGACCCUUUACAGAUCUAUGAUAAGCAUGAUUCUAAAAUGAAUGAAUUUUAUUUCGAAUUAUGUGUGAGAAUCAUUGAGUUUAGUAAUUCAAUGAAGGAUAUGAAUGGUGGUUUAUUACCCGUGAAUGAAUUCUUGUCAAGUUUUAAAGAUCUAAACAUCACAUUUAAAGAUGUUGAAAUCUCAAUUGGGUUAUUAUCUGCAUUGAAUGAUGAGUUGAAAAUCAUUAAAAUUGGGUCCAAGCAUUAUAUUAAAAAUUUCAAUAUAGAGUUGACAAAUGAUCAAAAUAUGAUUUUGGAAACAGUGGGCAAUAUUGGAUUCAUUAGUGUUGCCAUAUUGAGAGAUAAUUUUGGUUGGAAGUCUUAUAGAUCUCAAUCUAUCUUGAAUGAAAUGAUUAGUAGUGGGUAUUUAUGGUUGGAUGAUAAUAAUGGUGAAUUGUUAUAUUGGGAUCCUGCUUGGAUAACCAAGAGCUGAAUAGAGGAAAAAACUAUUUACACUACCGUUGCGUGUAAUGGACUUACUGCUAAGUUGGUUUCUCAAUUCUAUUUGCUUGAUCAAGGUUUUGGACAAAAGUCUUGAAUAAGGGCCCGUUUGGGUCCGUUUAUUUCCGUGACCUUUACAAAAAAGUAACCAAAAAGAAGAGUACAGCAAAUUAUAAGGGUUUCAAAGCUCCUACAAGCUUUAACAAUUCGGACUCAUCAUUUGGAUUAUGGAGCAGCCUUGAUACAAUUACAUUAGCCAUGUUACCAAAAAUCUAAACAUUAUUGAAUCAUUUUUUCAGACCAAUGUCCAGCAAUAUCUAUAGAUGGAACAUCAAACCUGAAGUAAUUGAAACAAUCCUUGAAAGGCACCCCUACAAUAUAUAUCUUUGUCAUUGAUAACUUGUAAGUUGAUGUAGUUGAACAAUUGCAUCUCUAUUCUG